AUGGCUUCAGCAAGAUCAGAAUGGAAUGUUAUUUAUGCCUGCGGAAUACAUAAACGAGCUAUACGGCAAUUCGUUCGGACGGUUAAUGAAAUUAGCCCUGAUACAGAAAUUUGCAUGAUUAAAUGUACGUGUGAUAAGAAGCUGUCUUGGCUAAUUUCGGAAUUGAUUGCUUACUCAAAAACAGAGGCUGAAAUAUUGAUGAGUAGGUUAAGAGGUUUAAGAAUUGGCAGAAUGAGAUUAAGAGUAUUUUGGCCUGCUGAAAUGGGAUAUUAUAAACGUCGACAAUUAAAUGCAAAGGUCGAUGGUUAUAUGAAUAAAUUGAAUAGUAGUGAAAUAGGCUGUUUUUACAUUAAAGAAAUUGAAGAUAAAAAGCUUAAAGUUACCGAAAAUAUGAAUUCAUCACGAUUGGCCAAUACUUCGGCUGCUGUCACAAUAUCUAAUGUUCCUGAAUCAAUGCAUGAGAUGGAGCUCUUUCAUUUGGCGAGUCAAGCUGGAAUAGUAUCGUGCUUGAAAAUGAUAAAAUCUGAUAAAGCACAUGUAUUAUAUAACGGACAAGCCGGUGCUCUUACUGCUGUACUAUGUUUGGAUGAGUUCGAGGUUUUAAUUGAAGAACCCAUUACUGUGAAAUUUACUAAGAAUGUUAAGUCUAAAUUUCUUAAGCAAGAGGCUUCCCGACUUCAAAAUCUCUUGAAAAGCGAACUUAACCAUCUGCUGCCAUCGACAAUUUUGCCCAAAAAUCUAUCUGUGACCGAGGAAACAAAUACUGUCGACCAACCUGAAAUUGAUAAUCAGAAUGGAAUUGAGCAAUUAAAGCAUGAAUUAAUGGAAAGUCAAAACACUCAUAAAUCUCACGAAGGUGUAGAAGGUGUAAGAGAAGCUAUUGCACCUAGUAAAAUAGAACACGAAGAGAUAACCAACAGCGAAAUGGAUCAUCAAGAUAUUGUUGAUAGCAAAACGGAUCAUGAAAAUUUAGCCGAUAGUGUUGCAGAUCAUAAAGAUAUGACUAAUAGCAUAACAGACCACGGAAAUUUAGCAGAUGGUAGGAUAGAUCAUAAAGAUACAGCAGAUAGCGAAACAGAUCAUGAAAAUUUAGCAGAAGAUGGGGUACAUCAUGAAGAUACGGUAGAUAGCGAAACAGAUCAUGGAAAUUUAGCAGAUGAUGGGGUAGAUCAUGAAGAUACGGCAGAUAAUAUGGUUCGGGAAGAAUAUGAUGUACCCGAGAAAGUUUGCUUUCUUCUGCAACAAGUUAAUCUAGAACAGAAGAUCAGGGAUGAAGGUUAUAAAGCUUCAUUUGAAUUUGCAAAUGGCAAUAAUGGAAGCAAAUUAAUAGCCUAUAUGAUCGGUGGAACACAUAUUUAUCUUACGGAAAAAUUGUUUGCAUUCUUUCGUGUAAUCGAUGGAAUAGACAAUUUACCCACUCGAAUAGGCAAUUAUCUCGCGCAACAGUCUGAAAUGAGAGAACUUAUUAAUAAGAAAUUCCAAGACGAUAAUAUUAGCGCUGGUGUCUUCAAGAUGAAGGAUAGCACUUCUAUUUCCAUAGUUGCAUUGGAUUCUGAAGUCCAUGAAAAGGCGACGAAAAUUUUGAAAGAAAUCUUCUGCGUAAAGUCUAAAAAAUUCAACAUUACUAAUGUACCUAUAUCAGGGGAUCAAAAUCAAUUUCUUACUCAACUUCAAGAAAGUAUUCCCUUGUGCUGCAAGGUUCAAUUGGAAGCUGAAAUAUCAGAUAAUAGGACUAAAACUUGCAAUAUAACUGCAACUGGCCCUCUAGUUAUUGUUGAUAAAGUAAUUCAAGCUAUUGCAGAUAAAAUAGAAAAUGAUAGGCUGAUGAAGUUCGGCCUUAAUAUUAACCCUCCAUUGAUCAUUGAAUAUCUACGGAUGUAUUUUCAAGAUGAUAUUCGGAGAUUGGAAAAGGAAUUUAAAUGUCAAAUUGAAAUGGUAGAAGUACUGGAAGAUGAUCCUGAUAUCAAUGUAACGACUGCAAAUAUUCUUAUCACACAACGUCAAGGUUAUAAAACAGCUAUACAUGAUAAAAUUCAAAGUAUGGUAGCUGAAAUUGUGGUGGAAAGAGAAGGUCCGUUCAGUAAGUAUUCUAGACUUGGGAAAUUUUUUACCGGUUGUCUAAGUAUGGAUGAGUUGGAUAGAUUAAAAGAUACAAAGCCGUGCAUUAUAGCCAUCGCUAGUAAUGAAAAUUAUCGUGUGCUGUCACAGAGAAAAGGUAAAUUUAAUCUAAACUUACAAAAAGAUAGACAAAAAUCUGGUGUCUAUCAAUCUUCUGUGCUAAACGCUAGAACCGCUCUUUCGUCAAAAACUACCACCAAAACUUGUUCUUCUAUUUUACAAAAUGAAAAAGAUAAAGUGGAAGUCAAUAAUGUUACUAUUAGAUUGGUAAAAGGGAGAAUUGAAAAAGAAGGAGCUCAGUGUGAUACUAUCGUUAAUUCCAUUGACCUCAAUGAUUAUGACCAUGGUAACAUUGCUAAAGCUCUAAAUAGAGCUGGUGGAAGUUCCUAUCUUACAGAAUGUCGUUCUCAACUAAGAUCUCUUGCAGUGGACAGUAUUGGUUAUACAAGUGGGUUCUAUUUUGGUUGUAAAGCAGUAUAUCACAUUCCAUUCUUGAGCUCUGACCGAUCAUUACUGUGGCUUAGCAAUCGUGUCCAAAACUGUCUAGUAAAAGGAGCUGAUGAACAUAAGCAAUCCAUUGCCAUACCUGCUAUUGGAACAGGUGAAGCCGGCAUCAAUAUUGAUGAGCUUGCGAAGGAAAUGAUAAGAAUAUCAGUUGAAUUUGCUCUUGACAGACCAAAAUAUCUACAAAAUAUCAGUUUUAUCAUCUAUCCAACCGAUGUUAAAACUCUUGAUGCCUUCGAGAAAGCGCUAACAUCUGCUAUCCCAUUAGCAAACCAAUUACUGCAUCAAAAAGAGCUAGUCCAUAAGGUUACAAGUUCGCAAAGAAGUAUAAAAUUAGAGAAUGAAAGUAAAUCGCUAUUCUCUGCUCAGUAUGAAGCUAAUAAUAGAAAAGUAUUUGUGGAGGUCUAUCAAUGCAACGCUGAUGAUUUGAAAGCAGACGCUGUCAUGGAUGUAACAGCUCUAUGCUCUGAGCAUAGUUAUUCAGAUUCCCUUUCAGAAACUAUACAAAUUGCGAAUGAUGGAACGCAUACAUCACAAACUUUACAAAUCAUACAUAUAUUAGGUUGUAAUCUCUAUCGGGUUUGCAUUUACGAUUGUUUGGUUGGUGUUAAGACUGUAUUAGCUUGUAUGAAUGCAAACGAUGAAAAAUCCGUGACAAUUCCUUUGUUAAGUAUUAACAUGGAUGCUAGCCAUAUUGAUAGCCUAGUAGACAGUAUUAAGGAAUUUAUAGUCGAUCAUUGUGAAUCUGAAAUUAGUAUAAGGCGUAUUAAUUUUGCUAUUGGGUAUGAUGAUCGAGCUCGAGAAAUAGCAACGUGGAUGCAACAGAAAAUCAAGAAAGAGGCUUUCCCGUCUGGAUGGAAGAUUACGAACAGCGUGCCAGUUCUAGCAUCGGGUGUGAGUAUACUUUAUGUUGCUUCAGAUAAAGCUGUAUUAAAGCGUUUAAAAUCAAAAAUGAAUGAAUCCAUGGAUACUUGGUCGCAUCGCAGGAUUUCUAAUGAAGAUUAUUUCCAAGUCAUUGAUACAAAUUGUUGGUAUCGACUCGUAUUACGAUGCUGGUCGGAGUUUAAUACUAUUCUAAGCAGUCAAAAAAUGAGAAAAAUUGUAGACAUACAGGGAUUGGAAAAAGAUAUAGUCAACACUAUGGCUAUUAUCCAUAAACUAAGUAAGCAAUAUUUCCUAGGGGAAAUAUUGAACAGUGAGCAAAAAUUUGGAUUGGAUAUUUCCAAGUGGUACGCAAAAAUUGGUCAAACUAAAUGGAAAUUCGAUUCCAACUUAAACUAUGAAAUCGAAAGAAAUUUUAAGAUUUACGAGAAAAAUAAAGCAAAAAAGAAUUUUUACGUUGAUUCAGAAACUAAAGUGAUCGAUUUUGAGAAUAUGCACAUUAAACUCGAUGAUAAUGAAGAAUUUCCAAUAGGAAAAUUUUCUGCAGCAGGUAUUGCAAUUCCUAUACCCAAUAAUUGGGAAAAUGUGUCAGAAAAUCAAAUCGAAGAUGGGUAUUUUAGCACAGUUUAUGUCACAGACAGACAGGAAAUAAAUAAAGUCGCUGCUAUGAUAAAGGCAAGUGCUCCCAAAUAUUGCGUUAGUAGAUUAAGAAGGGUUCAAAAUUGGAAUUUGUACCAAAAAUAUCAAGCCAUGAAGGCUGAUGUGACCAAAGCAAUACAAAAAUACAAGCCUGGAACUCAAGCUGAAAGAUAUUUAUUUCACUGUACUAAAACAGAAUACGUGGAUAAGAUAUGUCAAGGUGGUUUCAAUAGGGAUUACUCAGGAAAAUCAAUUGGCUCAGUAUAUGGUACCGGAACAUAUUUUGCAGUACAAGCUCAAUUAUCAUUGAGUUAUGGCGGUGGUUUAGGAAAUCAUAGAUUGCUACUGGUUCGGGUUUUAACAGGGAUCUAUGAUGAUUCAGUAGAUCGAAAUAAACCUACUUUGUCAAUAAUCCCUGGGAGUUCAGGGGAACGCGUCCAUUCAGCUGUAGAUCACAAGAAUAAGCCUCGUAUGUUUAUUGUCUUUAAUGAUAAUUCUGCGUAUCCCGAGUAUAUUAUUGAAGGUAGAGUCGAAUAA